UUGAAAAACAAGUACCAACUCAAAAUGAAAACGAUAUUCUGCCUGCUUGCUCUGAUUGUGAUCAGCACCGCAAGUACGAUUCAGAUGCCACCGAGCGACCCGCAGCGAGUAGGAGUUCCACAACCACAUCGGGUGCUGUUCCGAGCAGCACGUGCUGUCGAAAUGCCUGAAUCUGCGAAGGAAUCAUUCACGGAGCGAAAGGUUGCCGAGAGCGAUACCGAUGAUAUGGAGAAUGCGGAAACCGUUGGAUUCGGAUUCCAUAAACACAUUCAUGUCAGUCCAUCAUACGGUGGCUACUACGGAGGAUACGGCGGAGGAUAUGGCGGCUACUAUGGUGGAUACCAGCCUUACGGGUAUAAUUACGGAUAUAACUAUCCGUAUUAUUACUGAAGCAUGUUUUUGUAUUGCACAAAAAUUUUACUGUCGAACGUGUAAAUAUACCUAAU